AACUUUGGCUAGGGUUUAUAAAAAAUGACAGAAGAACAACCAGUCGCUCAAGAUAUCGAGGAUGAUGAUGAGGUGGAAGGAAAGCUGAAUUACAAACCUCCACCACAGAAAUCACUGCAGGAAAUUCAAGAACUUGACAAGGAUGAUGAAAGUUUGGCCAAGUACAAGAAGUCAUUGCUGGGAGAUGUACCAGUGGCAUUAGAUCCCACAGGCCCAAAUGUUAUUGUAACCCGCCUAACAUUGGUGUGUGAUGCCGCCCCAGGACCAAUCACCAUGGACCUUACUGGAGACGUAGCAAAUCUGAAAAAGGUGACAUUUGUCUUGAAAGAAGCUGUUGAAUACAAAGUUAAAAUUCAUUUUAAAGUGAAUAAUGAAAUUGUCUCUGGCUUAAAGUAUGUCCAGCACACCUACAAGAUAGGGGUGAAAGUUGCUAAAGCUACUUUUAUGGUGGGAAGCUAUGGACCUAGGGCAGAAGAAUAUGAGUUUUUAACUCCUGUAGAAGAAUCACCGAAAGGCAUGCUAAAUCGAGGCACCUACCACAACAAGUCCUUCUUCACAGACGAUGACAAUCACAAUCAUCUAACUUGGGAAUGGAACCUGUCCAUUCGUAAAGAGUGGAAUGAAUAAAAUAGUUUUCUUCCCUAAACAUAUUCUCUAAACACAUGCAAUCAACUUUCUUACCUCUGCUUGCAUCCUCCCUAUCAGAGAUACCCAACAAGCAGCUCUCUAGCUGUUUUAACUAUGUCCCAUGGCACUUUUCAAGCAUUCCUCUAUGGACCAAUUGUUAUAGAAUAAUGGGACUUGUGGUUCAACAUCAGCUAGGGUGAUACCUGUCGGAUACCUCUGCUCUUAGUGUGAAACUUGGAGUGAGUAACCUGCUAACUUGUGUAAGCUUCAAGUUCUGACUUCACUGUGCUCUCUUGAUGACUUUCUGUAAGAAAAAAUAUAUAGAUUUAUUUUAUUCCAAUGUUCAUUAUGGGGAAUCGGCUAGCAUCAACUGAUUUGAAUGUAUAAAUAGUUUUCUUUCUGAAUUCCCAAAGUAGUCUAUAAUAGAACAUUAAAAAAUAAGUACAGAAUCAUUAUACAUGUCAUAAUAUCCACAUCUGUGUUGCUUAAUGAAUGGUAACUGUAUUGACAUAUUUAUGCAUAAACCAUUAGGAAAAGAUCACAUUAGACAAAAUGUUAUUUGAAGCACAGAACAUUCUAUUUUACAAAAUAAAUAACAUAAACCAAUGUA